AAUUUCAACAACAGAGGGCGCUAUACAUAAACAGUGGAGUUGUAAACGUGGGUGGAAAAAAAAAGAUUUAAUUUUGAGCAAUGGCUGAAGAAGAUAAUUUGACACGACAGGCAGAUGAGAUUGAAGCGUUGACAGCAAUUUACGGUGAUGAUUGGUGUGUAGUGGACGAGGCAAACCGCAUUUAUUGUAUCGCUAUUACCGAUCAGGAUGAAGCAGAUAAAACAGCAGACUGCAAGAUUAAUUUACAGAUUUGCCUUCCUCCAGAAUACCCUAACACGGCACCUCCAGUCUACCAGAUCAAUGCCCCUUGGCUGAAGGAUGCAGAGAGACAGACUGUGAUUGCGAGUCUGGAACAAGUCUGCAGUGAGAAUUCAGGUGAGUGUGUGCUGUACUUAAUGUUUGAGCGACUUCGUCAAUACCUCAUGGAGAGAACGGAGAACACAAGACAAGACGUUGCCAACAACUCACAGGAUGACGAUGCAUCGCUCUCGUCAGACUUGGCCUCUAGACUCGCCUUCCCAUCAGCCCCCGAGUGUGAGAUACCCCCCAUCAAGCAUGGAGAGCCAAUCACAGACCGGCGUAGCACAUUCCAAGCCCACCUGGCUGCACCGAUCAGCACAGUGCAACAGGUUGCCCAGGUACGACGGGAAUUGUUACAAAACAGGAAGAUUGCCAACGCAACACACAACAUCCUGGCUUAUAGGAUAUAUUGUGAGGAUCGUGGUACCUUCCUUCAAGACUGUGAUAACGACGGUGAAGCUGCAGCUGGCCCAAGAUUACUGCAUCUACUCGAGAUCUUGGAUGUUAGGAAUGUCCUGAUAGUUGUCAGUCGUUGGUACGGCGGUAUACAGCUUGGUCCCGAUCGCUUCAAGCACAUCAACAACGCAGCUCGUAAUAUCCUGGAUGCACACGGGUUUAUACAAAAGGAUGAAAAAGGACCCAAGAAAAAAGGAAAGCACAAAGGCAAAUGAGCAUUUGGAGAGUCAGACGAUGAGUAACAGCAAUGGGAGAGAUUACUGUCUCAAUGAAUGUCAUUGGCAUGCGAGACUGAUCAGGGUUAACUGCUCAUUCACACAGUGAUACUUAUGUGGUGAUUGUAUGAUAUUCAAACACCGAUUUCUAUCAUAAUUAUGUGCCUGGACUGGCGUGUGCCCAACUUGGAAUGUGUGCCAAACUUGGUAUCGGUGCCUAAAUUGGAGUGUGUUCCUCCGGGCCUCUUUACAGACAUGGGCUGAUGAUACCAGUCCAUGCCGAGAUCUUGAUCAUGACCAGGCAAAAAUUUCUCUCUGAGUUGUCUUUGAGACAUUUUAUAGGUAAAAAUUGGCUGUAUUGGAUACUAUAUGAAGUUAUUUUAUGAUUAAUGGGUACAGUGGUUUCAUGCUUCAAAAUUGUUUGAAUUUAUGGUCUUCAAGAAACUCUGAUUUGAAUCUUUGAAGAAUUCAGUUAAUAUAAUUGUAUAUAAAUAAAGAUUUUUAUAUUUUGCCAAAUGCACUUUUUAAAAAUUUGUUAUAAAUGGUCAGGUAAAUAUGAUGAUGAACUCAAAAUAAGAGACACUAUUUACUCCAUACAAUGUGGCAUGCAUCGCAUUACAUAAUUUAUUUCUUCAUGUGCCUUUGUAAAAGAAAAAUUUCCAAAGAAAACUGAGGAAAAAAAAUACGGAAAAUAAAAAACCAAAUCUGUAAAAGA